GGGAAAGUGGCCUUUGUUUUUCUCACGCGCGGAGUUGCAGCGGCUCCCCCCUGGCGGAAGGGGCUGCUGAUUUCCACAAAGCAGAGAAGGCACCACCCAAUCCGAGGCUGCUGCAGUUGCGCUUCUGGGGGACCGCAUGAAAGAGUGACGACUUGCCCGCCUGUUGGGUAAAAUUCCUGUUGGCAGGUGCUUGUGGACCUUUGACCUGGAAGCAGUCUCUGAGGGACCAGAUCAGGGCAAGAGUGUGAGAGGAGAGGAGAAGAGCAGAAAAGCGGAGCAGAACCAAUAUCAGAGUGGAGGGAGAAAUGUGUUGAGUCUGAAGGCACUGAUUUAUAGGCAAUUCCAGUCCGUGAAGAAAGAAGGAAACAAAAUUAGUUUCCAUCAGUGUGCCAAAAUCUUAACCGGGAAAUCAAGCCUUAGCUCACAGCCAAGAAUGCAUAACCAGGAAAAUGUGGUGAAAGGGUCCGAGUAUCGGAAAAACUUCAGUCAGAAAACAACCCUUACAUCACAUCAAAAAACCCACAAGGGGGAAAACCUGUAUGUAUGCUCGGACUGUGGAGAGAGCUUUAGUGACCUUUCAAACUUUACUUCCCAUCGAGAAACCCAUAAAGGGGAGAAUCUGUAUAUAUGUCCAGAAUGUGGAAAGAGAUUCAGUGACCAUUCCAGCUUUACUAGUCAUCAAAGCAUCCAUCCUGGGGAAAUGAGCAUCAGUCACAGAACCAUUUCCCAUCAAAGAGUCCAGGCUGGGGAGAAACCAUUUCAGUGCUUAGAAUGUGGAAUGACCUUCAACAGAAGCACAAAUCUUAUUUUGCAUCAAAGAACCCACACAGGGGAGAAACCGUUUGAAUGCUCAGUGUGUGGAAGGUGUUUCAGUCAGAAUUCAAGCCUUACUUGCCAUCAAAGAAUCCACACCGGAGAAAAACCAUACGAAUGCUCAGAGUGUGGAAACAACUUCAGGAAGAGGUAUCAGCUUACUGUCCAUCAAAGAAUCCACACUGGAGAGAAACGGUAUAAAUGUUUAGAGUGUGGAAUGAGGUUCAUUCACAAGGGCCAGCUUACUACCCAUGAAGGCACCCACACGGGGGAGAAACCGUAUAAGUGCUUAGAAUGUGGGAAGAGCUUUACUAUCCGUUCGAAUCUUAAUUGCCACCAAAUAAUCCACACGGGGGAAAAACCGUAUGAAUGUUUAGAAUGUGGGAAAUGCUUCAGCAAGAAGAAGGUCCUCCUUGUCCAUCAAACAAGCCACACAGGGGAGAAACCAUAUAAAUGCUCAGACUGUGGAAAGCGCUUCAAUCAGAAGGGCAACCUUGUGAACCAUCAAAGAAUCCAUACAGGCGAGAAACUGUAUGCCUGCUCAGAAUGUGGGAAGAGUUUCCUGAAGAAGUCCAGCCUUAUUGGCCAUGAAAAAACCCAUACAGAGGUGAAACCAUAUAUAUGCUCGGAGUGUGGAAAAGCCUUCAAUGAGAGUGGAAGGCUUUCUUCCCAUCAAAGAACCCACACAGGGGAGAAACCAUAUAAAUGCCCAGACUGUGGGAAGUGCUUCAGUCAAAAGUGCCACGUUGCAAACCAUCAAAGAAUCCACACAGGUGAGAAACUGUAUGCCUGCUCAGAGUGUGGAAAGAGUUUCCGGAAGAAGCCCAUCCUUAUUCGCCAUGAAAAAACCCAUACAGGGCUUGCCCGCCUGUUGGGUAAAAUUCCUGUUGUCAGGUGUUUCUGGACCUUUGACCUUACUGGUGGAUUGGAAGCAGUCUCUGAGGGACCAGAUCAGGGCAAGAGUGCGAGAGGAGAGGAGAAGAGCAGAAAAGCGGAGCAGAACCAUUAUCAAAGUGGAGGGAGAAAUGUGUUGAGUCUGAAAGCACCGAUUUAUAGGAAAUUCCAGUCCGUGAAGAAAGAAGGAAACAAAAUUGCUUUCCAUCAGUGUGCCAACAUCUUAACUGGGAACUCAAGCCUUUGUUCUCAUCCAAGAAUGCAUAACCAGGAAAAUGUGGUGAAAGGGUCUGAGUAUCGGAAAAACUUCAGUCAGAAAACAACCCUUAUAUCCCAUCAAAAAACUCGAAAAGGGGAGAAUCUGUAUAUAUGCUCGGACUGUGGAAAGAGCUUUAGUGAUCUUUCAAACUUUACGUCCCAUCAAGAAACCCAUAAAAGGGAGAAUCUGUAUAUAUGCUCGGACUGUGGAAAGAGCUUUAGUGACUUUUCAAACUUUACUUCCCAUCAAGAAACCCACACAGGGGAGAACCUGUAUAUAUGCUCAGAAUGUGGAAAGAGCUUCAGUGACCAUUCAAGCUUUGUUUCCCAUCAAGAAACCCAUAAAGGGGAGAAUCUGUAUAUAUGUCCAGAAUGUGGAAAGAGAUUCAGUGACCAUUCCAGCUUUACUAGUCAUCAAAGAAUUCAUCCUGGGGAAAAGAGCAUCAGUCACAGAACAAGUAUAACUUCCCAUCAAAAAGUCCGGGCAGGGGAGAAACCAUUUCAGUGCUCAGACUGUGGAAUGAACUUCAACAAAAGCUCAAGUCUUAUUUCACAUCAAAGAACCCACACAGGGGAGAAACCAUUUGAAUGCUCAGAGUGUGGAAAAUGUUUCAGUCAGACCUCAAGCCUUACUUGCCAUCAAAGAAUUCACACCGGAGAAAAACCUUACGAAUGCUCAGAGUGUGGAAGGAACUUCAGGAAGAGCUCUCAGCUUAGUGCCCAUCAAAGAAUCCACACUGGAGAGAAACGGUAUAAAUGUUUAGAGUGUGGCAUUAGGUUCAUUCACAAGGGCCAGCUUACUACCCAUCAAGGCACCCACACAGGGGAGAAACCGUUUAAGUGUUUAGAAUGUGGAAAGAGCUUUACUAUCCGUUCGAGCCUCACUUGCCAUCAAAGAAUCCACACAGGGGAAAAACCAUAUGAAUGCUUAGAGUGCAGAAGGAGCUUCAGUAGGAAGAAGAUCCUAAUUUCUCAUCAAAGAACCCACACAGGGGAGAAACCAUAUAAAUGCCCAGACUGUGGAAAGUGCUUCAGUCAGAAGGGCAACCUUGCGAACCAUCAAAGAAUCCACACAGGCGAGAAGCUGUAUGCAUGCUCAGAAUGUGGAAAGAGUUUCUCAAAAAAGUCCAGCCUUAUUGGCCAUGAAAAAACCCAUACAGAGGUGAAACCAUAUAUAUGCCAGGAGUGUGGAAAAGCCUUCAAUGAGAGUGGAAGCCUUUCUUCCCAUCAAAGAACCCACACAGGGGAGAAACCAUAUAAAUGCCCAGACUGUGGGAAGUGCUUCAGUCAAAAGGGCAACCUUGCAAACCAUCAAAGAAUCCACACAGGCGAGAAACUGUAUGCAUGCUCAGAAUGUGGAAAGAGUUUCUUGAAGAAGUCCAGCCUUAUUGGCCAUGAAAAAACCCAUACAGGGGUGAAACCAUAAAAAAUGCUCACAGUUUGGAAAGAGCUCUAGUAAAAAAUGUACUCAGAGUACCCAUCAAAAAAAUCUUGCAGGAGAAAUGCCUAAACGUCCAGAGUGCUGAAAGAGCCUCAGACAGCACAUAUCUUUUUGACACAUCUUUUCAAUCUCUGGCAUCUCUCAUUAAACCAAGCUGCCGGUUGGUGACCUGGAAGAUCUCUGCCUGAGAUCCUGUAUAGCCACUGCAGCUCUCUGUGAACAAUAUUGACCCUGAUGGACCAACAGUCUAAUGCAAUAUAAGGGAGCUUUUUGUGUGUUCAUGUGAAUGGGACACCAGGGGCACGGUCAUAUAUUCAUGAUUCUGUUCAUUGCUGUGUCUUCUCAUAGAGCUUCAUCACCUCUGUAAAGUUCAGCAACCAGUGAGGAAAAAUACAGAACUGCCUUUUCCAUGGAAUUUUUCUUUAUUUAGACUGUAUGAAAAAAUACAGACCUGCCUUUUGACCUGACAGUUCGUUAGUACAGCAGAUUUACAGUGCAAUCCUAAACAGAGUUACUGCAGUCUAAGUCCAUUGAAAUCUGUGGGCUUAG